GACCCUGUGUUGCGCUCCAUCAGAAACCGUGGGGACACCUGCCCAGCUAUCCCAGUUAUCGACAAGACAACGCCCAAAGCGGUUGGGCAUCCUGGGCAUCCGUGAACGUGCCAGUAGAAGUGCAGAAAUAGUGUUUUACCUAUAAGCCUUUGGUCCGAGUGAAAUUGUGUGUGGAAUAGCAGUGAGAAAGGAGUGCAGUGAGUGGUGGAGUCCUGUAGAACAGACAGUGUAGUGGGAGCUACCGGAAGCUCCAGCAAAUUAUUUGCCCCGUACCGGUGCCCAACUUCAACAAGCAAACAGAACGCGUCCCCGGCACGCGCAGCACAGCCAUGCGGUGGAAGUUACUUCUGCUGCUUUUCUGUGCGGUAUCGCUGAUCUCCCUAUCAACCAGUGCCGCCGCAGAGGAGCACGAGCAAGAGCAGGAUGACGCAACGGACGACGACUACGAUGCGGUAGCGGCAGAGAAUGAGGAGCAAACCGAACCGGAGGAGCAAACCGAUCCAAGCGACGAACCGGAAGACACCGAUCAAAAAACGAACGAGGACGUGAUCGACGUCGACACGGACGCAGUGGACGAGGGCAAGGAUAAGAAGGGCAGAUACUACAACUAUGCCGACUUUCUGUCGGAGCUCGAUAUGUCCGACUCCAACUACAAUUGGGAAGAUCCAAUGAAUCGCGUCCAGCCGAAGGAACCGCCGACCCACAGCAUCGACGGUGGGUACAUCAUCAACCCGACCCGGCUCGCCCAGAUCCGGCGCAACUUCCUGUACCCGUUCUACGAUCGGGGCGGCCCGGAAGAUACCGGCGAUCUGCAGCGCGACAUACACGCCUCGAUGCCGCAGGUCCACAAGAACUUCAACUUUCAGCUGCCGUUUUUCGGCUUCCGGUUCAACUAUACGCGCGUGUCGAUGAACGGCUUUCUGGAGUUUUCCGACCCGCCCGAACACUACACCUACCCGCUGUCGUUCCCGAUCAAGGACUGGCCACAGCGCAACGACCCCUCGUUCAUCGGCAUCUUCUUCUCCAAGUGCCGGAUCGGGCGCAUCUACCAGACGGACUUUGACCAGCGGGCGCCCGGCGUGUACUUCCGGAUGGAGCGCGAUCUGAUGACGCGCACUGAUCGGGCGGGCGUCGAGAUGCGCGAGCGCGUCAUGUGGGACAUCCGGGAGGGUGUGGUCGGGUCGGACACGUUCGUGCCGAAGCACGUCAUCAUCACGACCUGGAAGAACAUGAGCUUCGCCGGCGGCAUUGACAACUCGCUCUACCGGACGAACUCGUUCCAGAUGGUGCUGGCCACCGAUGAGGUGUACACGUACGCCAUCUUUAACUAUGCGGAAAUCAACUGGUCCUCGCACACGGAGGCCGGCGGCGACACGACCGGUGGAGAAGGUGGCGUUCCCGCCUAUAUCGGCUUUAACGCGGGCAAUGGUACGCAGGCGUACGAGUACAAACCGUACAGCCAGGCGUCCGUGCUGCGCGACCUGACCGGGCGUGGCUGGGCGAACGGUUUCCCCGGCCGGCACAUCUUCCGCAUCGACGAGCGCAUCAUGCUCGGCACGUGCAACAAGGACAUUGACGCGUCCCAUCUGCCGCUGGUGUUUGCGCCCGAGUCGGGCAACAUGCUGGGCGGCACGGUGGUGAACAUUACCGGGCCGUGCUUUACCCGCGAGGACCGCAUUGCCUGCCGGUUCGACACGGAGGAGGUGGUCGGCACGGUCGUCGACACGAACCGGGCCAUCUGCAUCCAGCCGUUCCUGAAGGCGCAGGGCUACAUCCGGUUCGAGAUUUCGAUCGGCACGGAUCGGUUCAAGUGGCGCGGGCGCUACUUCGUGGAGACGCCCGCCACCGCCACCGAUCGGAUCUUCUUCGAGACGGACGACGUGCACCGGCGCAACCCGAACGAGAUCCGUAUCACCUGGAACCGGUUCAACCUGACGACGAACCUGAACGCGAACGUGCAGAUCUCGCUGUGGGGCUACCGGGAGGCGACGAUCCGGCCCGAGCUCGAGUUCAUCGACAUGAUCGAGACGCAGCUGACCAACACGGGCGCGUACACGAUCAUCCCGGCGAACUACCGGAUGCGCGACAACCCGCGCACGGUCGACAUGCAGUUUGGCUUCAUUCAGAUCAACCUCACCAAUCCGGAGCAGUACAACAAUUUGCGCAUUUCACCCAUCCUGUGGUCGAAACCGAUCCCACUCGGUUGGUACUUUGGACCGCAGUGGGAGCGCAUCCACGGGCGUAACUGGCCCCGGGCCCUGUGCGACAACUGGCUGCGGACGGAUCGGUUCCUGCGCAACUUUGCCCAUGAGCUGCCGAUCUGUCCGUGCACGCUCGAGCACGCGCUGCACGACAAGGGCCGCUUCCUGCCGGAUCCGGACUGCGACCGGGACUCGAACCCGACCUGCCUGCAGCACCGCGGUGCCAUCCACUGCGUCCGAUCCGGGCAGCCGACGGUACAAGGGUCGGAACAGCAGUGCUGCUACGACCGUAACAGCUACCUGAUGCUGUCGUACGACCAGAUGUGGGGUUCGCGGCCCCGCCGUAACCACAACAUUGGUCAGAUCCCCUGGAACGAAGCCAACAAGGUGCCGACGCUGUCCUCCUGGUUCCACGACGUCCGCCCGUACUACUCCUGCUGCAUGUGGCAGGACGAGCAGGCGGUCGGCUGCGAAACGUUCCGGUUCGAGCGGCGACCGUCGCAGGACUGCAUCGCCUACCAGUCCCCCGGUGUGGCCGGCGUGUUCGGCGACCCGCACAUCGUCACGUUCGACGGGCUGCAGUACACGUUCAACGGUAUGGGCGAGUUUGUGCUGCUGCGCGGUAAUAAUGGGCGCGAGCGGAUCGAUGUGCAAGGCCGGUUCGAGCAGGUGGCGCGCAACAUCCAUGGUCCGGUGAUGGCCACCCAGCUGACGUCGAUAGCGGCGCGCGGCAACACGUCCACGAUUAUUGAGGUGAGGUUGCGGCCGCGUGAAGCCCAGUGGCGCUACCGGCUGGACGUGUUUGCGGACCAGCGGCGCAUCUACUUCGACCGGCAGAGCCUCAAGUUCCAGCACUUCCACGGUGUGACCGUGUACACGCCGACCUACAUCCUCAACCAGUCGGAGGUGGUGAUCAUGUUCUCGUCCGGCGUCGGUGUGGAGGUGGUGGAGAAUAAUGGCUUCAUGACGGCACGCGUCUACACACCCUGGAGCUUUAUCAAUAAAACGCGCGGUCUGUUUGGCAACUGGAGCUGGGACAUGCAGGACGAUCUGGUGACCCCUGGAGGAGCGAUCAUCACACCCAACAUCAACAAUUUCCAGAACGUUCACGAACAGUUUGGAUUACAAUGGAUGCUCUCCGAUCGGGAGGUAGAGAACAUCGGGCAGGCACUGUUUACGCGCGAGUUUGGCCGCACCUCGAGCUACUUCGCCAACGCCAGCUUCAUACCGAACUUUGUGCGGGAACCGGCCAACUUCCUACCGCCGAACCGGUCCCAGGACGUGAUACGAGCGGAGGAGCUGUGCGGUGAGAGCUACCAGUGUCGGUACGAUUUCGGCAUGUCGCUCAGCCGGGAGAUGGCCCACUUCACCAAGAAUUAUCACGCGAGCGUCAUCAACAUACAGACGGUAAACGAAAAACGUGUUGUAUCGUGUGGUAUACUGGAGACACCCCGGUUUGGCCGUAAGUCCAACUUCCUCUUCACACCCGGGGCGCGCGUAUCGUUCGAAUGUAACGAGGGCUUCUUCCUGAUCGGCGACUCGCGUCGCAUCUGCAUGGAGAACGGCCAGUGGGACGUACCGGAGCACGGAUACACGGAAUGUUUGCGUGGUGUGUUCUAUUCGCGCCGUACCGCUUGGAUCGCGAUCGGCAUUGUCAUUGCUGUGAUCAUACCGCUGCUGCUGUGUAUCGUGUGCGGCGUGUACUGUCUGCGCAAGCGCAAGCGCAAGGAGGACCCGGACUGGCGGCUCCCGCUGCCGUCCCGCUCGGGGUCGCGCGCCACCCUGCGCAAGGGCGACGACAGCGAGUUUGACGACACGACGAUCAAGAAGACGCUUCGGUACGACGCGACCUACCGGACGAACGAGCCGCUCGAGGGCAAACCGAACAUACAGUUCGAGCCGAAAAAGAUGGACCUGGACGAGGAAGAUAUCACGUCCUCGGAAGGAGGUGAAUAUAGCGCUAGGGUUGCACGUGAUAUCGAGUAUAAAAACCUGGCUGAUCACAAACAACUAGGUCGGCGCAGUCAGCGUGGCGUAGGCGGGCUGCAGCAGGCGGGCCUGUUCUCCGGCGAGGAGGAGGAGGACGACGACGACCCGAAGGGAUAUCCGCCGCCACCGCCCCCGAUGAGCCAGCAGCAGCAGCAGCAGCAGCAACAGCAGCAGCAGCAGCGUAGUAUGCAGCCCGAAUCGCCCACCCAGACGUACGGUGCGUACAGCCCAACGUUCAGCGACAUCGAUCAGGUCAGCAGCUUCGCCACCGAGGACAACUCGCCGCUCAAUCAGCGCCGGCCGCAGAACGGCAACCUGUCGCCGAUGCCCAACACGAGCCGCAGCUACUACACCGGCGAGCAGGGCCAGACGCAACCGCUGGUCCAGAACGUCGGACUGCCCAACCGCAUGGACAGCCGCUCGACGGAGGUGUAAGGAGUAUGGUUUAGCAUGGUAAACCCAACCCUGGAGACAUCUUCCUUGUAUCAGUAUAUGACAGACACAUAGAACACACACAUUUACACAAACACAGAUAUACACACACAGACACACAGAUGCCAAUGGGUAUGUGUUUUGGAAAUGUUUCUUUCUCCCCAACUCCUCCCAGCACCCCCCCUAACUAACCAUGGCAGGUUUGACAGGUAGAAGUUCGGUUUAGUUGCAAAAGCGCAGCACUAAGAAAAUAGCUUAAUAUAUCGGGCAGCAGUGCCCUUGCUAGGAAGAACGUAACCAGUUUCGCAGCAGUUGAAGUGUUAAUCUUAUCGUGUAAGGAAUAGGAGCGCACCGAGUGCCGAGAGAGUACCUCUCAGCAGCAGCACAGAGGAGGCAUUCUUGGAGGUCUGCAGAGAUAAGAUAAGGCACUCGCUAGACCACCUCGAACGGUGUGUGCUCGAUUUCAGUUUUUUUUGUUCGCAAUAAGCAGUAUUUUAGAUAUCCUCCAUUUUGGACAACACCUCAACAACUCGUACGAGUGUUGUUGUGAGGUCUCAUUAUAUUGACAGACUAAUAGCAACUCUUCUCCAAGAAAAAAACAAACAAACAAAAGCACAGCAAUGGCAAUGCCCGGUUUUUGACGAUCAAGCGCUGUACCAAGACGUCCUGAAAAAUGAGACUUACUGUACCAUCUGCACCAA